CAGGCGCAGCCUGGAGCCACCGCGCCCUGCGCCCCGUGCGAGCGCGCCGCGCCCGGGGCCCCAGCUCAGCAGCCCUGGAGGCCCAAGCGGCGCGCAAACUUUUGCUCCAGUGCCGGGCGCUCCUGCUAGGCAUGUGAAGCCCCCAGGCGCCCGCGCAGCCGCCCGGUUCGCCCCACCAGUGGGCGCCGCGGGUCGAGAUGCUCCUCCGGGACCUGGUGCUGCGCCGUGGCUGCUGCUGGCCCUCGCUGCUGCUGCACUGCGCGCUCCACCCGCUCUGGGGCUUCGUGCAGGUGACGCACGGUGAGCCCCAGAAGUCCUGCUCCAAGGUGACGGACACCUGCCACCAGCCAGGAGAGCAGAGAAGCUGGGUUCCCAACUCUACCUCGUGCCCCGAUGAGGAGAGCUGGUGGUCGGGGCUGGUGAUCAUCGUGGCCGUCGGCUGUGCCGCCCUGGUGUUCCUGACUGUGCUCGUCAUCAUUUGCUACAAAGCCAUAAAAAGGAAACCACUGAGAAAAGAUGAAAAUGGCACCAGCAUUGCCGAGUACCCCAUGAGCUCCUCCCAGAGCAACAAAGGGGUGGACGUGAACAGUGCGGUGGUGUGAGUCUACCCCUAGGCCCAGACCCGAUGGCCACAGGGACACCUUGGAGGUACUAGUGGACAUGGGAAGCCAAGUGGACACAAGCUGACUCCAGGCUUGCCCAGGACUCCAUUGUCUUGCAGGCUUCGGGCCUUCUGAGGAGAACCCACCCUCUUCCCAGGCCAGCCCCGGCCAGCCCUCAGGCAGGGGCUGCGUGGACAUCAAGCUGAGCCUGGCCCCUGCAUGCAGCGCUGGGGCAGCGUCACACCCGAGGCUUCCACCUCCUCCUCAUCUUAUAUGUGGUCCCCUGACUGUCCCCCAGCUGCUACCUGAAGCACGCACUCUGAGGAAGACAGAGGGUCUGCCUGCUGGGUUGGGGAGGUGCCCCCUCUUUAGCUAAAAGAGAAGUGAUCCAAAGCCCGCCCCAGGCCCCGAACCCCUCCUCCAGGAAGCCCACCUGCUUCUCUGUGAACAUCCCAACAGAAGCCAUCGACACAGCCAUGAGACAGACGUCCCCUUUCAAAGGUGCUUCCCACCCAUCUGUCCUUACCCCCCUUCGAUCAUCUUCAGUCUUCCCGGCCUGCUCCACCCUCCGUCCCCAGCCACACCUGGGUCCCGAGGUCCUGUCUGCCUGCCAUGGGGUGGUGAGCCCCACCUGCAGAUCCCCUAGGAGCAGCCGGAGGGGCUCGUCCACACUGAGGCGGUGUGUCCCAGGAGCCUAGGCCAGGCCACGGCCGCGGCCCCUGCACCUGCUCCCAGCCCCACACCUGGCCCCACAGGAACGAGCCCCGGUGUGAGCCAGGCCUUGCCGCAGAGGCAGAACCACCACACGUGCAGAUCCUCUGUGUCCCCCAGAGUCUCCCGAGGCCUGACCAUGGCACCCAGACCCUCUCCUGAGAGUCCCCAGAAAGAGGUGUUUCUGCCCAGUUUCUCCCUGGGAAUGUCUUCUCUGGGUCCCGUCCUCUGAGAGUCUCGAACCCUCCUGAGGGUGGGAAGGAAAGGGAGGGAAAGGAGGGACCCUCCAGGCUCAGGGACCCCCAGCCCUGCCAGCUGUUUCCAAGAUGGUCACCUGCCCUAGGGGGCUCAUGGCUGCGCCCUGGGAGGCCUGGAGAUUGUGCAUCCCUUGAUGGUUAGGAGAGCACUGUGACCCCAUGGCUCCCUGUGUUGCCCCCACACUUGCUCAGAAACUACUGGCCGUGUUCAAUGGCAGCACCCACUGGCCUCGUAGGGAUUAACUGGUUGCACCUGCUUUGCCACUUAAGUCACCACUGAGCUUCUCUGGCCAGUGUUUGGGCUGCAGGUGAGACUUUCAAAUCCAGGUAAGACUGUCAGCCGUGAAAAUCAGCCCCCAUUUGGGCUGAAAUGUCAUUGUCCUGGAGCCCAUGUGCCCCUGGAGCCGUGAGCCACUCUCCUGCCCCAGGCUGAUGGGCACAGCCCUGGGCAUGCCCUCCCAUGGGGGCCUUGUCUUCCUUCCCCGUCUUGGCUUGAGGACUUGGCUUGGGUUUGGACCUGGAUCUCGCUUCCCCAGCACCUAGGCAUUGGCACAGGGCUGCCUGUGGCCUUCAUGCUGGCUGCCCCUGUGCAGCACUCUAGGGACACAGUACUUGGUGACAAGCAGGCCAGAGGAAUAGGGGCAGGGAAGGUGAGAAUGCAGCAGAUCCCCCAGGGCACAUCCCCAUGGCCUGCACCUCCUGUGGUAUGCAAGCCGCCGGUGUCCUGAGCAGAUGCCUAGGCAGAUGGGCCCUAAACUCAUGCCACCUGGCCCCGCGCUACUCAGAAGCUCCAGAGCCAUGGGAGGUACCUUCAGCUGGAGGGAGGCCUGUGGCUACAGGGUCCUGGAAGGCUGGACCAGACCCAGGGAGGUUCAGCAUGGUGCAGCUUUCCAUGCCCAUCAGGUACCACUGUCCCCAACUUUGGCUCAGGCCUAGCCCAAAUUUGACCUUUGGCCUACAGGAACCGUGACUGAGCUGUCUGUUGUGCUUUGGCCUCUGAGACAUCCAGGGCUCGGGUUGGCACGUGAACCCCCUCACCUUUGCUUGUGAAAUCCCUUCUUGCCCAGGGAGAGAAAACCCAGGAGGAGCCCCCCCUUGUCAAAAGAGUUCACUGGAGAACAGCCCCCCACCCAGGGCUGGCCGUUCAGAGGAUACACAUUGCAGAGAGUGAGGCCACCCGAAAUUUAGCCCUAAGACCAAAGGGCAUGUGAGCUCAGGACGUUUUGCUUUAAAAUGGAUCUGUGGUGCUCAAUGCAGGCCCAUCCUCAGAUGAGGCUGGACUCUGAGGCCAAGGAGGAAACGCAUGCUCCUGAGCAUUUUCUCAGAUGUCUUCAGCCAUCUUGAUGGGGAGAAAACCAAUGGCAUUUAGGAUCUGCCGGAGUCAUCAGGUGUUCCUAGAAGCUUCUAGAGGAAGUUUGGAAAGAAAGACUAAUAGGUGUAAAAAUAUAGACAUAUAUAUUAUAUAUAGUUAUAUAUAUUUAAAGAGAUAUCUAUACAUAUAUAUAUAUAUAUAUAAAAUUACUAUACUCGGCAUCUGUACAAAGUAUGAUUUAAGCAGCCCAGGUAGCAUCAGACACGUAAUGCAUGAAUGUAAAUAUCCUGAAACUGCCUUCUUAGCAACGUGCCGUGUGUACAGGGGAAAAGACCUGUCCCUUGGGGUUCUGUCUCAAUGGACAGAUGUACAAGUUGAAGCUGUCUUGUCCACCAACAAGCCAUAAUGCCAAUUUCAUGCUGAGGCUUCUGUAUAGGAAGUGGGACCACCUGCAGCCUUGGGGUGGGGGGCACCGUAAGCUGCUUAUGAGGAAGGAAGCACCGUGACUUUUUUAUUUUCAAUAAAAAUAUACUUAUAAAGAUG